AUGCCCGCCACCACCACCCUCCUCAGCCUGCUCACCCUCACCCUCGCCACCACCCCCGACGCCGUGCAGGCCAUCAGAGCCCUCGACGAUGGCACAUCCGCACGCCCCUUCCUGCCCACCGUAGUGCCUCUGGCCGUCCGCUCCCCCUAUCUGGGCGCCUAUCUGCAGGACGGCCCCGACAAGGACCUCGCCGAGAUGAGCCCGCGCUUCUGGACUGGCGCCCCGCUCGGCUGGACCGGCCUGAUCCGGGUGGACGGCCAUGUAUUCAACUGGAUGGGCAACCUGACCCACUGGCCCGCGGCUAACAACACCAAGUUCGACCACACCGCCUCGUCGUCCAUCUUCCGCUUCGCCAUCGGCCCCCCUCAGGACCCGGCCCGGCCGGCCCAGGCCGAGCCGGCCAAAGUCUAUCUCGACGCCACCUUCCUCUCCCCCGUCACCCCGCACGACCCGUUCCGACAAGCGCUGCCGCUCUCCUAUCUGAGCCUGACGGUCUCGUCGGCCGACGGGGAGGCGCACCAGGUCGAGCUGUACACGGACAUCAACGGGCUCUGGUGUGCAGACUCGGAAGGGCUGGAGGUGGAGUGGACGAGCUACUCGAAGAGCUACAAGGACCAACGGGUGCCCCGGCCCAGCUGGACGGCCAUGCAGCUCAAGCUCCGCAACCAGCAGCCGUUCGUCGAGCAGGACGACCGGAUCCUGCACGGCUCGGUCUGGUACAGCGCCAUGAGCUUCGACGAGGACCGGAUCCUGCAGACCCAUGCCGCCGGCCAGGACGGCAACCUGACCCGGACCACCUUCGCCCAGACCGGCCAGCUGGACCUGCCCCUCAACCAGACCUUCCGGCCGAUCAGGACCCGGGCCGCCGUCGUCCAGCAGCCCCCCGAGGAUCAGGAUGAGCCCGCGCCAGAGCAGCCGACGAUGGUGGUCGUGGACGAGCCGGUGCUUGCAUGGGCCCAUUCGAUGGGCUAUGUGGGCCCCAAACGGAGCUACAACUCGCGCACGGUGACCAUGAGCAUCGGCCACCUCCGGAACCCGAUGGUCCAAUACAUGACCGCCGAGGAGACGGUCGUCGAGCUCGAGCCGCUGUGGACCUCGCGCUUUGCCAACGAGACCGACCUGGUGGGCUUCCAUCUCUUCGACUACAGCCACGUGUUGACGGCCAGCCAGAGCUGGGACGCCCAGCUGUACACGGACGCCGCCCGGGUCCAUCCCGGCCAGGCGUACGGGGACAUCCUGGCCGUGUCCACCCGCCAGAUCUUCAUGGCCCUCGAGGCCGUCCGGGCCGACUACCCCGGUGCCGAGGAGCUCUCCUCGGCCCCCUCGUUACUCGUCGACGGCACCAGCACGAUGACGAUGCUCAAAGAGAUCUCCUCGAACGGCAACUGCCAAACAGUCGACGUCAUCGCGCCCGUCCUGCCCUUCCUCAUCUACACCGCCCCGCACAUGAUCCCCCAGCUGCUCGAGCCCGUCUUCCGAUACAUCGCCACCGGCCUCUAUCGUCCCAUCCCCACCCCCCACGACCUCGGCGACCAUUAUCCAAACGCUACCGGCAGAAACGACUUCAUCUAUGCUAACCUGCCCCUCGAAGAAUCCGGCAACUUCCUCGCUAUGGUCCUUGCUUGUCUUCGCUUGGGCACCUGCCAACAUCAGACCCAAACGUACUACGAGAUCCUCGUCCAAUGGGCCGACUGGCUGCUCGACAACACGCUCUAUCCUGAUGAACAAAGAUCCACGGAUGAUUUUUUCGGACCGACGCCGAACCAGACAAGCUUGGUUGUGAAAGGAAUCAUGGGGCUGCGCUCGAUGUCCGAGAUAUCGAUCUCGUUGGGCCAGACAAACGACUCCAUGCGAUACCGGGAUAAGGCUAAUGAAUUGGCCCGCGAGUUCUUGAAGAUCGGCGUCGCUAAUGAUCGCACCCAUAUAUUGGGCGCUUACGGGAACCAGUCCUCGUGGAGCACCCAGUACAAUCUGUACUUCGACAAGCUGUUCGGAUUCAAGCUGUUUCCUGAAUGGGUCUAUGAGAUGCAAGACCAAUGGUAUCUGAUCCAAGCCGAUGGAGGGCCAUAUGGGCCGGCGUUAGAUUCGCGGUCGCGGAACCGAGCGAAGACGGACUGGAUGAUGUGGGCGGCGGGAGCGUCGAGUCUGAACGCGACGCGAGGGAUGUUUGUGUCGGGGCUAGAAGCUUAUGUGCGACACACGGACAACGUAGUCUUCGGGGAUCUGAUCAGUCUAGACGAGGGGUUUUCGGUGGGCUUCCUGACGCGGCCGGUGGUCGGGGGCCAUUUCUCGCUGGUCGGGUUGGAGACGAUGGCGGGGCGGCCGGCGUUGACGGGGCAUCGACGGCUGUUCGGGGCGCUGGAUGUGGACGCUCUGAUUGAUGAUCUGGGGCGACAGAAGGCGAAGGUGCUGGGGUACGGGCGGACGCCGGUGGGGCGCCGGCUGGUCGUCGGCCUCGGCGUGUUAUGUCUGCUCUUCCUCGGGGUCAGGGUGGGCAUGCGCUGGCUUGCCCGGCGACGGUCGUCGGCCCUCUACCGCUCCGUGGCCCUCAAGAACCGCUCCUUCCGCAGCAAGCCCUUCGCCGACCCCGCCGACCUCAAGCUGCUCGAGCGGCAGCCGCGGCCGGAGGACACCCAGCUCAACAUCGGCCUCCUCAGGCCCCACGACCACCUCGGCCCCAUCAUCCCCCGCAACCCCCACUCCCCCUUCGAGCUCCAGGACUCCGACGACGAGUCUGACGAGCCCGCGCCUGCGGAUCCUCUCGAUAAGGACGACACCGACAGCCUCCAUCCCAGUCUCCACUCCCAGGCCGAUUGGGACCUCGGCAUCGUCCCCCCCUCUCCUCCCCACAAAACCGAGCAAGUCUUCUGA